AUGAAUUGUUGUAUCGAGGAAAAGCCGACACAGCGCCGUUGUUCGCGGAUGAAUCACAAAUGGAUAUUAAUAAUGAGGUGCGACCUCACUGGGGACAAGGGAGAAUGUGGACUUAAUCUGGAUUUAAUCUAUCUAUCUAUCUAUCUAUCUAUCUAUCUAUCUAUCUAUCUAUCUAUCAAGAUGAAUAACGAUUUUCAUCAUUUGAAAAAAGGUAAGACUUCUUUCUUUCUUUCUUUCUUUCUUUCUUUCUUUCUUUCUUUCUUUCUUAUCUAUCUAUGCCUGAUUGUUCUAUCUAUAUCUAUCUAUCUAUCUAUCUAUCUAUCUAUCUAUCUAUCUAUCUAUCUAUUUCAAGGGUAUCUUUUACCCACGUUCUCCUCUCUCUCUCUCUCUGUGUCUUCUUCUUCCUUUUUGAACCGGCGUCCAAAAGACGACUUUAUUCCCAGCAUCAUCUAUCAGUGUCCUCGGCGAGAUAAGGACAGUGCUUCAAAUGCAUAA